UGCUAAGCUUAAGUUUGAUGAAUAUCUAAUUUAAUUUGAAGAGAUUUUAUUUUGUAUAUAAAUAAAUCAUUUUAGGCCCAUUAUAGUCCUGAACAAACAUUAUCAAGAAUUAAUCAUCGAAGGAAAAGGUAUCAAAAAAGGGUUCAGGACUUCAGGAAGAUAUAUUUAUUUCUGUACAAUCUGUUCCAGUUUAUUGGCUACUUGUAUGUUUUAAUUGUGCUGAACAUUCAUUAUGCAAAAGAGGGUCCAGCAUUCAUGGAGAAAGCGUACUCAGUUGUCCAUUCUGCAUUUAGCUUCUGUCAGUUUUUCCAGAUAUUAGAAGUGAUUCAUCCAUUAUUGGGUUAUACAUCUGGCAGUACACUGCCACCAUUUUUACAAGUUUUUGGACGUAUGUUCAUGCUGGUUGGGAUGAUACAUUCUGAACCUCGAAUACAAUCAAAACCAGUUAUUUUUUAUCUACUGUCUAUCUAUGCACUCAGUGAAGUUAUUCGGUAUCCAUAUUAUAUGUUACGAGUGUAUAAUGUAAAUGUUAGUUUCAUAACCUGGCUGCGCUACACUAUCUGGAUACCUCUAUAUCCCCUUGGAUUCCUUUGCGAAGGUAUUAUAAUUCUUCGGAACAUUCCUUAUUUUGAAGAAUCAAAAAGAUUUAGCGUUUUUCUUCCAAAUAAAUGGAACAUUUCAUUUUACUUUCCAACUGUUAUGAGGCUAUACUUAUUAUUUGGCUUAUUUCCACUUUUGUAUUUCAUGAUGACAUACAUGUAUCGGCAGAGAGUGAAAAUAUUGGGGAAAGAAAGGACUGAGAAGAUCGACUAGUGAUACAUCAUAUAAUUAUUGACAAGUGGACAUCUUCUUACAGUUCAUUUUAAAAUAACUAUUUACAAUUUUUAUAUAUUUAUGAAGUAAUUAGUUAUUGUUUUUUAUAUAUUUUUCCCAUGAUUACAAAUAAACUAGUCAUGUACGUACCUUAAUUUUCUUAUAAAAUUUCUUUUUAUACUGAU